AUAAUGCCCUUUGUUGUUUUUAGUAUUUCACGGAACUCACAACAUAGUUCGGAAAAUCGGGAAAUUCUUGGGAAUUUUUAAGACGUUAUUUUUCAUUCAAAGCGACAUACGUUAUCGGCUAAAACAACUUUCUUUGGGAAUGAAUUUUAAGCUUACAAUUUGCAAUAAGUAGUGUGUGUAUUGUGAUAAAAAAAAAAAAUAAUGCAACAACAAAGCUUUCGUUCGUUUGGUGAUUGGGAUAAUAUCCAAUCACUUGGAGAAGGUGGUUUCGGAGAAGUCUAUCGUUGGAGGAAUAAAUUUACUGGUCAAGAAAUAGCUACAAAAUCGCUUAAACCCAAAGCCAAAUUCAGGCCUGACGAACUUGUGAGAUUCAAAAACAGAUGGAUUCAGGAGUAUAAUUGGAUUCAGGAGCUUGAAAUUCCUUAUAUUGUUGGUGCUGUAACUUUAUCAGACAGCACAUUUCUAGCGUAUCUGAAUGGCCAACAUUUCUAUAAAAAUUUGCCCGUCAUAGUUAUGGAGUAUUGCAAUGGUGGAGAUUUGCGAAGCAUAAUGGAACGGAAAGAACAUUUUAAUGGAUUACACGAACACGAUAUUCGAGCUGUUCUAAAAACACUACGGCAUGCUGUGGAAUAUCUACACGUGCAUUGUAAAAUAGAGCAUAGGGAUAUAAAGCCCGAAAAUAUCGUCUUAAAUCUUAAUGGGGAUGUCAAACAUUAUAAGCUUACCGAUUUUGGCUAUGCCCGUGAAAUUCCCGAGGCGACCCUAGAACAGAGCGUGGUGGGAACACGCCAUUAUGUGGCCCCUGAAGUCAUUCACCCGGGGUCUUAUAAGAAUACCGUGGACUACUGGUCUGUGGGUGUUGUGAUAUUUGAAAUCAUCUGUGGCAUACGUCCCUUUAUACCGCAUCGGGAAUUUAAGGAUAUAUUGACAAAUGUGCUAGAGAAACCAGUAGACUGCAUAGCCAUUACUGAAGCCAUCGAUCCAACUGGAGCGUUCAAUUUUGAGAAUAAUUUGUUUCCUCAAAACCAAUGCAGUCCAAUCUUUAUUGAGAAAAUCGAAAAAUGGUUAAAAUUGGCUUUGGACACGAACUACAAAACUAGGGGAUCGGAUCAGAAUGGCAACCUAAAAUUCUAUACGGACUUGGACAAAAUAUUAGAGAGCAAAAUUCUAAGCGUUUUUUCUCUGUCAUCAUAUGAGUUUUUCUACUAUGACGUCAAUGCUUUUGAGACUAUAGUCCAGUUCUUUGAAAAGCUGGCAUUGGAUUCUAAUGUGCCCCAAAAGAGCAUGUACAUCACAUUGCCCACAUUACACCCCCUUCAAAGAUUGGAAUAUGCAAAACACCCCGCUGAUUUCUAUGUCCCCGAAUGGUCCGACACCAGUAAUCUAUCGAAUCCUCCGGUUAUGCUGUAUAUAGCUGAUGUAAAGAAGCACAAAUGCGACUACAAUGUGAACAAGGGCAAUGAGACAGAUACCAUAAUGAAGUGUAUCAACAUCGACCAGCAGAUGUACCAUGAAGUUCCAAUAUGGUUUUUGGAACAGUUUGAAAGGCAUGUCGGUCAUAUACUAAGCAAAUAUAAGCAUCAUCUGGAUUGUUACGUUAAAGGACUUUAUGAAAGUGUAAUGUCUAUGGAGCAGGACGUGUUUCUUUAUGAACCAACGAUAGAAAAAAUCCAUAGUGACGUGCUAAUAUUAUGUGGUAGAAUAAAACAAUUUCAGCGUACAGUACAGAUGUCUCCUCAAUCGCAGAAUUCCCAGAAAUGGUUGGAAAUAGUUGGGACUUACCAAAGCAAAUAUGAAACACACAAAGAAAUGGUUGCAUCCAUAGCAAGAAGGUACAAAUCUGUACGGAAACACUGUCACGAUUUAGCUGAUGCUGCUAUUUUCAAAAAAUUUUCCGAAGAAGACAUCUAUGGGGUUGGCAGAUUUCGAGAUUUUAUACAACAGACUCGUAACACUAGAAUACCGAACGCAGAUCGCAUGACUGAGUGUUUAAAAUUCUUCGACGAGUGUAACAAUGUUAACCAAAAGUUCUCCCGCUCUCCCAUUGUGCCAAUUCAUGAUAAAAUAGUUUCACAAUAUGAUAUGUUUCUUAAGAUCCAGGAUAUCAUAAAAGGUGUUGCUCAGAGCAUAAACAAAUUAGAAAACGACUUAGAUGCAGAAACAAAAGUAUUGUUACGCUGGAAUUUUCAAAAUAAUGCUGAUGAUCAUCUCUCAAUGAAAAUGGAAAGCCUUAAUAUGGUAGAUAACUGCUCCGUGCCAUUUUCUCUUUUAAAUGGUGAUGGUCAAAUGAAUGGCUUCCAGCAAACUGAUACCAGCAACCUCAUACAAGAGGCUGAAUUUUUAACAAAUUCGAUUAGUGCAAUUUUGGGUGACAAUAAUAGCAUGCCCAUGUGUGUUGAUGACAAUAAUACCAUGGCAGUGUGUGCUGAUGACAAUAUGGAACAUAUUCCCAUGACUGUCAAAGAUAUUUAAAGCAUUUUUUUUUUGAUAAGCUUUUGCAUGUGUAUAUUUUUACUCAGAGAGUUUAGUUUGUAAGUUUUUUUUUAUAAGUUUAUAAUAUUUUAUUUUUGCCUGAAAGGCAACCAAAGAAAUGAUCUUAUAUUCGAAUUACAUGAACAUAGAAAACUGUUUAACAAAAUUUUAGUAACUCAACAUUUAAGGCUAGUGUUAGAAAUCGGCUGGUUCCAUUUUCCUUGUAUUCACUGAAAAAUAUUUGGUAACCUCAAUAAAAAAAAUAAGUUUUUUAAAUUAUUUUAUUAAUUAUAAUCAUGAAUGAAAUGAAUUUUAAAAUUGUCGGUCUUUUAUUAUAGGGUUGCCCAAAAAGUAAUUGCGGAUUUUUUAAAAGAAAGUAAAUGCAUUUUUAAUAAAACUUAGAAUGAACUUUAAUCAAAUAUACUUUUUUACACUUUUUUUCUAAAGCAAGCUGAAAGUAACAUCUGAUAACUGGCAGAAGAAGAAUGCAAUUACAGAGUCACAAGCUGUGAAAAAAUUUGUCAACGCCGACUAUAUGAAAAAUCCGCAAUUACUUUUUGGGCAACCCAAUAGUUUUAUUUCAUUUUUUAUUCUAUAAAAGUUUGGCACGGCCUUUCUUGUUAUAAAAAAAACCUCUGUUACCCGUUACAAUAUAUGGUACUGGGUUAAUAAAUGUUAAUAAUCCCCUUGAAUCUAGAAAAAUAUAUCUAGUCUUGAGUUACUAUAGUUUUGAGCAACAAUUGCUAAAAGUGCAUUGCUUCGGAAAAAACAAUGGCUAAUUAGAAUCUUAAAGAAAACCACUUAUUUUUUAUAUACUUUUAGAAAACUAUAAAAAUUGAUUUGUUUUUGCAAAAUGCUCACAAAAUUUUAAAUAGUGUAUGUUUAAAGCCCUUAGUGACUAAGUCUAAGAAAUUGUUUAGCAGACAGCAUUUUGUUGCAAACCCGUGUCAUAGGUAAGAUAAUCUUUAUAUUUUAUUACAAAGUUUUUACUAGUAAUAAUUUUUUACUUUUUAAAUUUUAAAUGCACACACAAGAGUAUAAA